AUGAGCUCUACCACAACCACUGCUUCGACCACCGUCUCUCGCAGAGACGCGGCCUCGUCGCCGUCGUCGGCGCCCGAUGCGACCUCGUCGUCAGUCUCGUUACCAUCAGACAAGGAGAUUUGGCCGGCCGCGGCGUCUAUGCCAGACCCGGACCCCAUCAAAGUCGUGCCGCCUCCCUGGACGCUCAACGGCGAUGUCUACUGCAUCUCGUGGUGGACUUCGGGGGCCGCCGCUAGAAAGCUGCCAAAGCACGCUUAUUCGCCGCUUGAGGCAGGCACCGAUUUUGCCAACCCUCCUGGCAGCCACCCCGUUGGGGGCCUCAGUAUGAUCCAGAUUAUCCGGUACCGAGACUCUCCCGUCGGUCCGUACGACGAGCUGUUGGUCGUUCCCGGCUCUUUCGAUUGGUCCCGUGACGGCCCGGACGGCCGCCGGGAGGUGGGGCGCAAUCCCCGGAUCACUCGCAUCUACGUCUCUCAAAAACACACAUGUUACAACGGCCGCGUCAACUGGAAUUGUCCCAAACAUCUGGCCAGGUUUGAUUGGGAUUACGGCCCGAACGACUCGGUUUCAGUCAAGGUCUAUCCGCAUGACACCACUGACGACAUCACGGAGUCCAAGCCUAGUCCACUCCCCUUCUUCCAGGCCACCUUCAAGCCCGUCUCUUACGUGCCUUCUUUCCCUUUCGCCACUCGAUGGGCCAAUUACUUCGGCUUCGAGACCACACUCGCCAUGCCGCCGGUGCCGCAGGGUGAGGGGAGCCAAGGGGAGCUACCGAGCACAGACGUGUGGUGCAAAGUCAUCCCGCUGCAGUACAGCCGAACGACGCGCGCCGGCUGGUUCGACAUGUCCAUGCGUGACGAGAAGGGCGAGCUCAUCGGAGAGUACGAGAACUUCUGGCCAGGCAUGGGCCGCUGGCAGCUCGGGGUUAAGAUGGAGAAUGCCGAGCUGAGUUUCGACCAUGCCACCGAGACUUGGAAGCCGAUGAAGUCGAGGGCGCACCUCUAA